CAUCCGGUAGAAUGUAUUUCUCAAACGUCACGUCCGGUUUUUCUUCCUUUCUCCGAGUUUCCAUCCGCUGUGGAGCCGCGUGACCAAACACUCCCAAAUGAAGGAGUCCAUGAUGAACCAGGAGAAGCUUGCCAAACUGCAGGCGCAAGUCCGCAUAGGUGGUAAGGGAUCAGCCCGUAGAAAGAAGAAGGUUGUGCACAGAACAGCGACAGCAGAUGACAAGAAGCUGCAGUUCUCCCUCAAGAAGCUGGGAGUCAACAACAUCUCUGGCAUUGAGGAGGUGAAUAUGUUCACAAACCAGGGCACAGUGAUCCACUUCAACAACCCAAAGGUGCAAGCUUCCCUGGCGGCCAACACCUUCACCAUCACAGGCCACGCUGAGAACAAACAGCUCACAGAAAUGCUCCCGGGAAUCUUAAACCAGCUGGGAGCAGACAGUCUGACCAGCCUAAGGAGAUUAGCGGAGACUCUGCCCAAGCCAACUGGGGAGAGCAAAGUCUCCAUGUUUGCUACAGAAGAAGAGGAGGAUGAUGAAGUACCUGAUCUUGUCGAGAACUUUGACGAAGCUUCAAAGAACGAGGCCAACUAAAUAGACCCCAACAAACACUUUGUCGGCUCUUAAAUUGCCUCAUGUUAUAUUUGUCCAUCGUAUUUGUAAACGUUUCUAUAAAGCUCUGCAUCAUUUGACAGUAAAACUAUUUUUAUUCAGAUUAAUGUGUAAACAGUGUUUGCUUUACAAUGCCAACAACACAGUCAACAUGUUCUAGUGAAAUUAAUCAAAUAAUAAAGAUUACAUUUAAAUCCA